AGAAACAGUCGUUCGUCUCGGGACGCUGCCUUCUGUACUUCAGUUCGCCGACGGGUGGCCGAAAUGAUGGCGAACACAACAGGGACACUAGUCUUUUUUUUUUUCUUCUUUUUUUUAAACCUUUCUGAAAAAUGGCGGCAAUAUAACUACCGCGGCCUAUAGGUCCGUUGUAACCCGGAAGUGCCCUGCUAAAGAGGGGGCGGUGAGACAAUCCGGAAGUGGGAGUAAUGAAGAGGUGCCACUUGGCGGCCAUGGCAGCUGUAGUAUUGGCGACUCAGGGUCAGGGCCUGGCUGAGGGAAGUACCAUGGGCAGCACCCGGUGUCGGGCAGAGACAGCGUUGUACCGACUUUGCUGUUGAGUCCUCGGGGCCCGCUGCUGACUUGCGGGGCAGCUGGCUCGGCGCUAGACUUGGAAGGGAGUUUGGUGGGCUGGUCCCUGGGGGCGGAUCACCUGCGGGGCCGGCCACCCUAGGGAACCAGGUGCCGGCCGAGGUGAAGACACUUAGCUUUACUUUUUUCCUGCUGCUACCAGGCACACUGUCUAGGGGGAGCGGGCCGUUUUGCCCACCCUCAUUCCGAAGGCUGAAGAGAUCUCUGUCGCACGGUGUCUCCCAUCUGUUACCCUACCGGAAUCCCGGUGAUUGGCAUCCAAGAACCUGAGAUUGAGCAAAGUUUUCUCCGGUGCUAGUAUCGGCCAAAAAGGAGCCUGCUUCUUAGUACGCAGGAGAGCAGCCUGAUUCGUGAACACCACCGGCUGGUGGCAAGGUUGAAAAAAAGUGGGAAACUCCCUUGUUCUCUUGGAAAAACCACACGUUUAAAGAGCCCAAGCGCCUUUUCAAACCGCUGGGAUUUUGAAGCCUGGUGGUAGAGGGUGACUACAGGAGGGCAGAAUGGAUGAUUUUCUCUCCAUUAGUCUGCUGUCAUUGGCCAUGUUGGUGGGAUGUUACGUGGCUGGAAUCAUUCCUUUGGCUGUUAAUUUCUCAGAGGACCGACUGAAGCUGGUGACGGUGCUGGGUGCUGGGCUGCUCUGUGGAACCGCACUGGCGGUUAUCGUGCCUGAAGGGGUGCACGCACUGUAUGAGGAGGUUCUGGAGGGAAAACACCACCAAGCCAGUGAAACCAAGCAGAAUGUGAUUGCCUCAGACAAAGCAGCAGAAAUGUCAGUUGUCCGUGAACAUGAGCACAGCCACGACCACACACAGCUGCACGCCUACAUAGGUGUGUCCCUUGUCCUGGGCUUCGUGUUCAUGUUGCUAGUGGACCAGAUUGGCAGCUCCCAUGUGCAUUCCACUGACGAUCCAGAAACAGCAAGGCCUAGCAGUUCCAAAAUCACCACCACGCUGGGGCUGGUCGUCCAUGCUGCAGCGGAUGGUGUAGCUUUGGGAGCCGCAGCUUCUACUUCACAGACUAGUGUCCAGCUCAUUGUGUUUGUAGCAAUAAUGCUACACAAGGCUCCAGCAGCAUUUGGACUGGUUUCCUUCCUGAUGCAUGCUGGCCUGGAGCGGAAUCGAAUUAGAAAGCACUUGCUGGUAUUUGCAUUGGCAGCACCAGCCAUGUCCAUGCUGACCUACUUGGGAUUAAGUAAGAGCAGUAAAGAAGCCCUUUCAGAGGUCAAUGCCACUGGAGUGGCCAUGCUCUUCUCUGCGGGGACAUUUCUUUAUGUUGCCACCGUCCAUGUCCUCCCUGAGGUGGGUGGAAUGGGGCACAGCCACAAAGCUGACAGCACUGGGGGGAGAGGCCUCAGCCGCCUGGAGGUGGCGGCCCUGGUUCUGGGCUGCCUCAUCCCACUCAUCCUGUCAAUAGGACACCAGCACUAACCGUCAGGUUCCGGCCUCAGGCCAUGGCCAUUGCCAUCCAGGAAGAAGAGCGAGCGAGCGUGAGACGCUCCUCACUCCUCAGUGUUUUGUCUCGCCUUGUCCAUCUCCACCGUGUUCCUAGAGCCCGAGGGAGAGGAGAGUCCAUCGUGGAGAAGUGGAACAGCGUGUAGCAGGAACAUUGUCAUCAGACAGGGACUUUGUGUUGUCUUUAAGGGACUUUGACAUGCCGAGUUCUGAUGUUUCUCUUUACCCUAUUCUCAGGGAAGAUGGAAUUUAGUUUUAAAGAAAAGUGGAGAACUUCAUACCAUGAAAUAGCGAUUAUGAAAAUACAGUGUUCUGUAAUUAA